ACCCCCCCCCGGGCCCCUGUCCAGCUGAACCAAAACAGAAGCUCAAAGCCCGAAUUUCCUCCACGAAACCUCGCUGUUUAAGCCUCUUCGCGAUGGAUCUGCGGGCGGUUUUGGCGGCGGCGAUGUGCCUGAGUGCGGGCGUGAUGGGCGCAGCGCCGGAAGAGCAGUGCCACACGUUCGCGGGCGGUGCAGUUUACCCAAAUACAGAAGGCAGGGCUUCGGGACACAGCCUGCAGUGGACCAAAGCCAUGAUCAGCAGACCGGCCCCAGAGUGGGGAAAGGGACCGCGGUCAAACGGGCGGAGAGUGUACUUCUGUGAAAUGGGAAACAAGGCAAAGGGCACAAGGAGAUCCCACAGAUUUUGCACAAGCAUCAUUAAGAUUUUUAGCCCAUCACUGCCAGGUCACGUGUAUGAGCAUCAUAACAAACCACUUGGUCUGUGGGGUAGACCAGAUGGUGGCCUGGGAAAGCUCAAGAUCCCUCUGCUCUCUGACAUCACCCACAAAAUUCCAGGAUUCGGUUCUAGGGGACAAGGCAUUGCCCUCAGGGGCCUGUUCAUCAUUGAUGACAAGGGAGUACUGAGACAGAUCACCAUGAACGACCUCCCUGUGGGCCGGUCUGUGGACGAGACCCUUCGUCUGGUUCAGGCCUUCCAGUUCACAGACCAGCAUGGGGAAGUCUGCCCAGCUGGAUGGAAGCCUGGGGAUGACACGAUCAUCCCCAACCCAGAAGAGAAACUCAAAUACUUCAAGAAAGCCAACCAGUAGGGCCAGUCCAGCUGUUGCGUGGGGUUGCAAAACACGCUUGCGAUGGAAGGAGGAGCAAAGGGAAGCCUUGAAGAAAUAGGGAGAAACUUGAGAGCAAGAUGAGGAAAAGGAAUCCGAGGGAUAGGGGUCGAGAGAGCAAUGGGUUCCUCCAGUUCCAUGCGAAAUCAAGUGGAUUUGGUUACGGUGGUGAUGAUCGCUUCUUAAGAGUGUUCAUUAGACGCAUUUUUGAGGAUGUACAAAACCCGGUGAUUGGGAAAAGUGGAAGUAUGUAUGUCAUGAAGUUUGAUGCUAAAGUGAUCUGUUGUUGUUUUUUUUUCAUUUGAUUGUUUUUGAUGAUUUUGUUGAUAUAUCUGGGUUUUAUGACUGGUGAUGUUUUUGCAUACAGGUACUCGAAUUUUUGGAUUAAAAAAAGAAAUAAAGCUUUAUUUUUUCAUAGAUAUUUUUGUGUGUUCAACAGCAAGCUGGUUUGAUUUUUUACAUUCCUAGUGCAAUUAAACUAGUAAAAAUCUCAAAGAAAGCCAAGCCUUAUGAUUCCAUAUUGGUUUUGUUAAACAUUCCAAUCCUUAAAAGAAAUAAAGAUUAUGCCAAUCCUACAGAAAUGAAAGUUAUACACAUUUUGCCAUUUCAGUUUCAUUGUAGUGUGUAUAACAUCAUUUUUCUCCAUUACUACAAUGCAGUGUAAUCACCAUGGUUCAUAACCCUUUUGAUGUACCAUAAAACGAAUGAUAAUGACUAAACUUGUCCAGAUUGUGAAACUAACCGUAAUCUCUGUUGUAACUGGUAUUUCACAAUUCCGCACAGCACCCCACAACAGGUAGUUCACACGUGUCUGUUGUAGAUGUUAACAUCGUCGCCAGCACUGACAGGGGAAGACUUAUUAAUGAUUUGUCAAUAAUUGAUUAAAACAGGAUA